AAAGAAAAAAAAGGAAUGGUGCACUCGGCUUCCUUCCUCAACAGUGCAAGCCAGUACUACUGAUUAGUUAGCCGGCUAUCGGACCACGAUAUACCUUCUAAGUUCCCAGUUUGAUAAAUUAAGAUCAGCCAACAAACGCAGAUUCAUGGACCACCAACACCAUCAUCAAGGAAUGCAUUUUCUGGGUUCACUGGUGCAGACGCCGGCUUUGUCAUCUAUCUCACCAAAUAAUGAAAUACUAGCAUCAAGUGGUUAUCGUCUCAACAUUGGUGAUGCUUGUAGCAGCAGGGAAAAUGGAUUUCCAGGGCUGAAGGCGCAAAUCAAGGGCCCAACGGCACAAGUCAAAGACAUAUUUGAAAGUAGAACAACUACUGUAGCAGCUGCAGCAAAUGAAGUAAAAUCCGGUACUGGGAGUAAAAGAAAGGGCGAUCAGAAGAAAACUAGGAAGCCCAGAUUCGCUUUCCAGACUAGAAGCCAGGUUGAUAUACUUGACGACGGGUAUCGGUGGAGAAAGUAUGGUCAAAAGGGAGUUAAGAACAACAAGUUUCCAAGAAGCUAUUACCGAUGUACGCAUCCUGGGUGCAAUGUGAAGAAGCAAGUGCAACGACUGUCCGUAGACGAAGGCAUUGUGGUAACUACUUACGAAGGAAUGCACAUUCAUCCUACAGAAAAAAACAAUGACAAUUUUGAACAAAUUCUCAACCAGAUGCAUAUUUAUCCUCCCCUCUUGAUGUGAAGCUCAUAAUUAGUAUAAUGAGUUACUCAAUUCCUUUUCUCUAAGAAUUUGUAGCUUCAUUGUAGCUAGGUGGGGAGCUAUACUGUGUAUGCAUAUUACUUGUAUUUGUAGCUUUAAAGCAUAGCUUGCUAGAACUAGAAACUAUACAUGGAGUUCAGUAGAUGCAUGGGUGAUGUAGCAAAAUCUGCACUGAAUUUGUUUAAAAAUAAUAGAUUUCGGGAUUUAGCAUUAAAUCUUUAUUUCUUUUC